CUUAAUGGGAUGCGAACCAUGUAGUCGGGAAAGCAUGCCAGGACGUCACGGCGUGACCAGCAGCGUAUAGUGGAGCUGUACUGAAAACCGGCGAGGACUAUGGCAGGUUCCAGUGAUAGCACGGACGCCGAGCCGGUGGCCGGCUGGUUCCUCUCGGUCCUGUUUCUGCUGUUCAUGGGCAUCAGCAUCGCCUGGCAGAUUUUUAUCGCGCUUAUAACGUUCUUGAAUAGCUUCUACGGGGGCGCGAAGACAAUUUGGCUCACACGCCUCAAAGAGGAGGUGCUGGACGUGGGCGUUAUCUCGUUGGUGCUCGUCUUUGUGUAUCCCUACAUCGCUGGCAUCUGCGUGGACAGCACCAGCACCAGCAGCUACCCAGCCUCCGGCAGCAAGUACCCGCUGCCGCCCUCCGCGGUGCCGGCAGCCGAUGCGCCGCCGUCCCUGCCGCGCGCGCUGCUGGCCGCCGGCGCUCGGGCGCUGCUCGACGGCUCGCUCGGCCACGACGGCCACAUGGACCCAGGCCGCGGGUAUGCAGCAGCCGGCGAGGCACUUCUCACCGACGGCUUGGGCCCAGGCCCAGGCGCGGGCGCGGGCGCGGGCGUGGGCGUGGGCGCGGGCGUGGGCGUGGGCGGGCGGCGUGGGCUGGCGGAGCAGCUGGUGUCGGGGCUGGCGGUGGCGGUGCGGCGCGGCCUGGCGGGCGGCGGCAGCGCUGCCGCCUGCCCGGAGGGCCAGCAGCACCUGUUCCCCGCCGGCUCCAUCUCCAACGCGCACUACCUGCUGUUCUUUGUGGCGCUGGUGCACAUCGUGUACAGCCUGUUCACAUUCACACUCACACUGCAGCGGUUCACGUUCUGGAGCAAGUGGGAGCGGCGGGCGCGGCUGGAGGCUAUGGACGCGGCCGAGGUGCUGGAGUCGCCCGAGGACGAGGACGGCAAGCGGCGCUGCUGGGGUGUGUGCUGCACGGGGUGCUGCGCAUGCUGUGGCACCCGCAACAGCCCCCCGACUUGGUACUGCCGCCCUUUCGUGCACGGGUUGAGGUACCUGCAGGGCGGCAUCGACCGCGACCGCUACAUGGUCCUUCGCGGGCUGUUCCAGCUGCGCUCGCGGGCGCACCGCGUCAAGGCCUUUGUGGACAACCUGCACUACACCAACGUGUGCGAGAACGCCAUGGAGAUAGACAUCGCCAAGAUGGUGGCGCACGGCUGGCUGCAGGCGCUCAUCGUGGCCAUCUUCACGCUGUACCCCACAGUGGUGUAUCAGAUCCUGUGGAUCGGCGGCGCCAGCAUCUUGGUGCAGGUCAUUGUGGUGGCGAAGAUGGAGUCUGUGGUGUCCAAGGUGCUGCGCAUCGUGCGUGUGGCGGGCAGCCAGGCGGCGCCCGAGUACCACAUCGACACCGCGGCGGAGGAGUACCAGGAGCUCACCGACGCCUCCUUCGACGACGAGGAGGAGCUGCCGCCAAGCAGUAGCAGCAGCAGCAGCGCCGAGGACUGGGACGACACGCGCCAACAGCCGUCGGCGCGCCGGGCGGCGGCAGGCGCCGCCAGCUCCGGGCACAGCCGCCGCGCACUCACCAUGCGCGCGCCCGAGCCGGUGCCGCUGCCCGGCGCCGACGUCGCGGCUCGCAAGUACCAGAGCAUGGACAUGCGAGCGGCGGACUUUUCGCUGGCGUCCUCGUACCAGCACUUGCACGAGAACGGCCAACACCAUCAUCACCACAACUUCCAGCAGCACCAACAGCAGGGGCAGGGGAACGGGCAGGGGAACGGACAGCAUGCGGGCGCGACGUCGGUGCGAAAGCACUCCAGUAGGCGGCUUGAAGCGGCAGGGGCCAGUGACGGCGGCGGCGGAGGGAUGAUGUCACCGCCGGUGCAGCAGGAGCUGCCGAGCCGGCAGCGCAGCGGGGGCCCGGUGGCGGAAGCGUAUGAGGAGGGGACGCACUGCCGUCGCCGUCGGCGCAGCGGAGGCAACGCAGUCGGGUUGGAGGGGGCCGCCGCACAGGAGGCAGGUACCUCGCGGCGCCGCACGCCCAAGGGUGGGAGGCGGCGGCACGGGGCGGGGCUGGGCAGCCGGCGGCGUGCCGGGAAUCACUGUAGCUUGCCGUCGCAGGCCGACCUGGAGGCGGAGGAUGGCGGCGCGUUUGCAGAUGCCGAGGGGAUGGAGAGCUCCUGUGAUGACGACGCCCGGGCCGACGACGCGGUUGCGGGUCGCGGCGGCGACGGCGGCGGCUGCAGCAGCAGUAGCAGCUCGGCUCGUUGGUGGACGCCUGCGGGCGCGCACGGCCGCCGCCGCCAGGACCGGCCGCGGCGGCAGCGGGCAGGGCAGCCGCAGCGCUGGCAGGAGCAGCAGCAGCCGCAGCCGCAUGAAGCUCAGACCGGGCAUGCGGGUGCGGGGCCCGGGCCGGUGGCGGAGGCACGGGACCGCUCCAGCACAGACCGCGACCCCAUGGGCCGCAGCAACCCCAGCCCAGGCGCCGGCGCCGGCGGGCGCGCCUUGGCCGGCGGGCUCGCCGGCUCUGCAACCGCAGCCGCCGCCGCCGCAGCCGCCGGCGGCAUGGCCGGCACCAGCAGCUUCAAGAGCCGCAGCAUCGCCGGCGGGCUGCCUGUGGGCGGCCUCUCGGCGUCACUGGCUCUCAAGGCCUCCAACUCCGGCCGGUUGUCGGCGGCCGGCGCGGCGCCCGCCGCCGCCGCCGGGCUGCGUGUCUCGGGCGCGACGCGCGGCGCCGUCAACAGCAGUGAGCCGGGCGGCAUGCUGGACGGCGGGGUGGGCGGGGUGAUCCCGGGGCCGUCGGGCGGGGCCGACGUGUUUCGUGCCGCCCGCAACCCGCUGUACGACUUGGAGCACUUGGAUGCUGACAUGGAGCCGGAGCUGGAGGCGGCGGGCACCGGCACCGGCCUGGGGCGGGGCCCGAGCGGUGUCAUGAACCUGGAUGCGGCGCUGUGGGCGUUCACCGAGGACGGCGAGGCGCGCGCCAGCAACAGCGGCGCCACAGGCCUGGUCCGCAUGCAGCCCAGCCACUCCGCGGCCGCGGCCGCAGGCCGGCUUGGUGCCGGCGGCGGCGCCGGCAGCAACGCGUCCAGCUCGCACCCCAUGCUCGAAACCCUGGGCUCGGCGGGUCCAGGCAGCAGCCAACACAUGGGGCUGCCGCCACUGGCGCCGGCGCCCUCUCGAGGCGGCGGCGGCGGUACCGACGCGUCCGCCAAGUACGCCAACCCUUUGUUCCGUGAGGGCAGCAUGGUCAGCACGUCCUUCACCGCCGCGGCGCGCGCGGCGGCGAUGGCGGCGGCGCGCAACGUCGCCAGCAUGCGCACCACGGCGCCGCUGGAGCCCGGCGGCGGCAUUGACGCCGCCGCCGUCGCGGCGGCUGGAGGCCAGGACCCAGGUGCGGCGGCGGCGGCGGCGGAGCAGCGGCUGGCGUCUGGGCCGGCGUUAACAUGGAAGGGACCGUCGGUGUCUGGUGAGGCGGCGGCUGCGGCGGCGGCCAACGGGUCCGGCACCGCCGGCCCUCGGGGCCUAGCCAAGGUGUUCAGCCUGAAGCGGUCAGGCACAGGCGCGCGCGGACAGGCGGACGCGGGCAGUGGCAGUGGCAGCUCGGCGGCCGCUGCCGUGGCCGCAGGCGCGGCGGUGGCGGCCGCCGCGGCGGCGUCGGCAGGUGGCGGUGCGGGCCAGGAGGCGAGCAUGUCGGUGGUGAGACCCAACAGUGUUGGUGCCGCGCCGGGCGCUGUGGCGGCGGCGGCGGCGGCGGCGGCGUCCUCGCCACAGUCGCAGCGGCGUGCCACGUCCGCCACCUCCGGCCUCAGCUUUGUCCAGCAGCAGCAGCAGCAGCGAGGCGGCGCCGCCAGCCAGCGCCUGCACCACCAGCACCUCGGCGGCAUCGCCGGCAGCAGCGGCACCGGCAGCGCCAGCCAGCUUCCCGGGGCGUCCGCCACGCCGCGCGCGCUGGCGGCGGCUUAUGGCUCCGCCGGCGGCGGCCGCGUGGGCUCCGUCACUGGCCGCUACGCCUCCGUCACCGGCGGCGCCGCUGCCUUCGGCGUCCUAGGCAGCGGCAACUCCCUCACCGGCGGCGGCGUGCCGUCGACGCCGGGCGGCGGCCACGUGCCCAAAGCCGCCAUGGCGGCGUACGACGUGGGUCUGCUGAACGCGGGCGUGGGGGAGGUGGACAUGGCGCUGGUGCAGCGCAAGCUGCGGGCGCUGUUCUGGUUCCGGCGGCCGCAGAUCCUGAUCUGGAUCAGUCACGUCAACUUCCUGCAGAACAGCCUGAGCCUGACGCUGUGCAUCUACUACCUGUUCUCGUACAACACCGGGAACAGCAUCCUGCAGGUCAGCUCGCGGCUGCUGUACGUGUGGCUGCCGCUGCUGGGCGCCAACCUGCUGUUCAUGGUGUACAUGGGCUGGGUGGUGGUGCCGCUCUACACCCUCGUCUCCACCACCUGCGUGCGCAACCCGCGGGCGCUGCAGGCGCACAUCCGCCGCCACAAGAAGGCGGAGGCGGAGGAGGAGGGAGGCAUCACCGGCUUCGUGCUGGGCCUGCUGACCCGCUGCUUCAUGCGCUCGCACCACCACACCACCCGCAUGGCUGCCAAGCACGGCGGCAGCGAGACCACGGCGCUCAACAACCUCUUCAUGGCCAACCUGGCCAACCAGGCCGGAGUCAUCAUGGCCGCCGACGCACAGCUCACAAACAAAAAGCUGGGCGCUGCCGAGGCCGUGUACCGCGAGUACAUCGACAUCUGGCGGACCAAGGCGCGCAUCGCGGCGGGGCUGGAGGCGGCGCCGGAGCCAGGCGGCUUCAGGCUGCAGGCCGACGUGACGGAGUUCCGCUCCGCCUUCAACGCGCUGGACGCGGACGGCAGCAGCACCGUCACCACAGACGAGCUGUUCACACACCUGCACGUGCUGGGCACACGCGCCACCAAGACCGAGCUCAAGUCCAUGAUCAGCCAGAUCGACAACGACGGCGACAAGCGAGUGGACUUCGACGAGUUCGUGGUUUUCAUGGUGUUUUCGGUUUUUGACGACAACGGAAACAGCUGCGUUGAGAUCCCUGACAUCAAAAAGAUGUGUCGGCGCGUGAGGCUGCAGGUCACGGACGAGGAGGUGUCGGCCAUGAUGGACCUGGCGGAUCCCGACGGGGACCGCAAGAUCGGCCUGCGGCAGUUCUUCAAGCUGUUCAAGGACGUGACCAUUCCCGAGCUGGGCCCCCGCCCCGCCCACGCCGAGCUGCACGGCCUCGUGCUCCCCGCCGCCAGCAUCAGCGCCGCCGCCGGCAGCGUCCCAUCACGCAGCGCCGCCAGCCGAGCCUACCGCAACCUCGGCAGCCCACUACACGGCUCCGGCGGCUCAGUGUCUAUGGGCCCUGGCGGCGGCGGCGGUGCUGCUCGCUCGCGCUUGGCGCGCGCGACGGCAGUGGACCCGGCGGCGGAGGGAGGGUCGCCGCCGCCGCCGCGGCGGCCCGGCAGCGGCAGCCACAAGGGCCUGCGGCAGGGCGGCAGCCACAACGCGAUUGGCUCCACUGCCGGCAGCGAGAUCGCGAGCGGCAGUCCCAGUGUGAGCGGCAAGGGCGGCGGCUACUCUGCCGGGGGCCUGGCGGCGGCUGGUGCGGCUACGGCCGCGGCUUACGGCGUCAUCGGCGGCCCGGCGUACGACGGAAGCGCGCUACUGCCGGAGCAGCUGUCACCGCUGCGUCGGGACACGUUGCCGCAGCAGCAGCAGCAGCAGCAGCGGCAGCAACAGCCGACACGGGGCGCAGCGGAGAUCGUGGCGGCAAGUGCUUUCGGUGAGGAGCACGAGGACGGGCACGGCGGCGGCGGCGUGGGGACGGGGACGGGCCAUGACGGGCUGGAGCCGCAGGGCGGCAAGUACCGGCAGCUGCGUGUGUCGCUGGAGUGAAGGCUCGGGGAAAAGGCCUGGGCGCUGGGGCAUAUGGGGCCUUUUGGUGGAGGAGGGACGUUUUUGUCUCGGGUCUCGGGUCUCGGGUGUAGUAUGUGUUAAUGCCUAUUGCAUGUAAAUAGGUGGCACGCCCGCGCCCGCGCCGCGCCACCGAAUCGUGAGUUUCAUGCUGGCACAGGGCGAGUUGAUGCAAGUUGAGGGAGAACUGGGGCUAGCGAGGGGUUUCCGUUGAAAGACAGUGGGGUGUGUGUGUGGAAGGGGCGGAGCGGGCCAAGCGCACGGCGACCCGCCCCGUCCAUCACAAGGCCACGGGAUUUACUUGACAUGGAUGGCACUACCUGCUCACACUCGCGUGGCUGCCGACUGCCACGCAAACUCCUGUACGGCUGAGGGGUGUUGGGGGUGCCGUACACGAGUUAGUUGGUAGCUGUCCUAGAACCUACCUUGUGCUAGUUUUUCCUGGUACUCCGAAAAGCGCUGGGCUGCGUUCAUCCAGCGCGACCGCGCGCUCCACCGCGUCGCCAAGCAGCUCACGGGCGGCAGGGCCAAGGAGGAGGUGGUGGUGGGGUGGGGUUCGUGGGCCUUCCAGGG